GCCCCUUCCCGGGGUUCCCGGGGUUCCGGGAGGAGCGAUGGGGUCGGGCCCACCCCCGGAGCUCCGCCCCGCGCAGGCGCCGCUGCCCGCGGCCAUGGCGGAGAAGGUGCAGAAGAGCGUGAAGAUCGCUCCGGGGGCCGUGGUGUGCGUGGAGAGCGAGAUCCGCGGGGAUGUGACCAUCGGGCCCAGGACCGUCAUCCACCCCAAGGCCCGCAUCAUCGCCGAGGCGGGGCCCAUCGUCAUCGGAGAAGGGAACCUGAUCGAGGAGCAGGCGCUCAUCAUCAAUGGCUAUCCAGAAAAUAUAACCCCAGAGAGCGAAGAUGUGGAGCCCAAGCCCAUGGUCAUCGGCACCAACAAUGUUUUUGAGGUUGGGUGCUAUUCCCAAGCCAUGAAGGUGGGAGACAACAACGUCAUCGAAUCCAAAGCGUUUGUUGGCAGGAACGUGAUCCUGACGAGCGGCUGCAUCAUCGGGGCCUGCUGCAACGUCAACACGUACGAGGUGAUCCCGGAGAACACCGUCAUCUACGGGGCCGACUGCCUGCGGCGCGUGCAGACCGAGCGGCCGCAGCCCCAGACGCUGCAGCUGGAUUUCCUGAUGAAGAUCCUGCCCAACUACCACCACCUGAAGAAGACCAUGAAGGCCUCGUCCACCCCUGUCAAGAGCUGAGCACCCACCUCGUGCUUCCAGUGCCUGGCCGGGUGCUUGGUCCUGGGAAGCACUGCACACUCUGGGAAGCGUCCGGUCUCCACACCCCUCAUUCCAUCAAACCACUUCUUGCUUGUUCAUGUAAUUUAUUCAUCUUGCACCGGGAAUCUCAGACCUGCUUUGAGUCUGUCGUCUCCCACGCGUUAACUCCGUUGUUCGUGCUUUGUUUUGGGAAUAAAACAUAUGAAAUAAAACAUCCCCUGUUCUGCUGUCCGAG